GUCUAUGGAUCUUGACAGUUUAUGUAACUACAAACAAUACCAAAUGUCAUGUUGCUUUUUGACCAGCUGUUGAUCAUUUUUAAACCGGUUAGCCCCCUUCAAUUGCGUGUGAUCAAACUACCUCUUCAUAUUUCCACGUGAUCAGCCCUAGUUGUUCAGCCUUUGAUUUAGUGACCUAUUUAUCUUAUCAGUAUCACAAGGCCGUUACUUGGGAUUAAUUGAAAUUCUGUCGGCUAAACUGAUUUAGGAAUGAUUUUCACUGUCUCAUCCGUGACACCAAAUUUCUACAGAAGACUAUCGAUUAACCGGCGCCUUUUCCAUAAAUCCCAAUUUUGGACGUGACCGGGUGAAUUGGCGUUAUGGAUGGCUGGAGUCUCUAUUGUCUGGUUCGUUUGCCACAUCUUUGUUCAGCCAAACACUUCUAAGACAAUCUUCAUCAAUUUUUCACGCCUUUUUCCGCUUUGAUCUCCAUUCAUUGGGAUGGUCAGCGGGCGAACAAAGAAAAGCGAAAAACAAUAAACAAUUCUGCUAUUUAUCACUAGAAUUGUGCAUAAAUUAAGUGCAAGAUUCUUAAUAAAUGGUAUAUUGAUUUGAUAUUAGUUUUUACUUUCGAUUGGGAUAUAUUUGAUUUUUUCCAAUUAGAUGUGACAGUAGUUUUGGAAUUACUUUCAAAGUGGCACCUUCUCAAUUUACUGGCGUGUUGCAUUAAAUUAAAUCCUGUCCCCUUUAUUUGUGAUGAAACUUUCUCGAGUCUGAAAAGAACUUUGUCAAUCUUAUCUUUUCUGUUGCACGGUCUCAUCCCCAGCAUAAAUCUCGCACCUGCCUUGAUGAAAAUGACCUUUCAAACGACACUGGCUGUUUGCCUGAUUAAUAUUUAAAACCCUUUUCGGCUUUCAAGCGUCAGUUUAUUUCGUCUGAGCAUCCGCCAGCCACCGCUUUGUUCACUUGCAGCGCCAGUGGCUUUACUUCUUGCCUCUCCUUUGGUUUCCCCCAAAGCCUGCUCUUAAUUCGGAGACAAAUAAACAAUCACAUUUUUUGAAUUGCGAGUAGAAACAACAAACUAUCAAUUGAAAUUGAGUCAAUUGCGAGACAAUAUCUGAUCAACGCCUGUUUGAUCGAAUUCCUUUGAUGUCUUACGCGCCUUCACAAAAACUAUACUUUGUUGAGAAAAAACGCCUUGAAUUGAAUUUCUUAGUUUCAGUUUCUUUCAAAUCGGGAAAAGGGACAAUAAGGAAACAAGGUGAGAUCCAAUCAAUCUGUUAAUUAUAUCCUUCGGCUAUUUUUCACCCCGAAGACAUCUUUGGCUUAAAGUUGAGAGCAUUACUCUAACAAGAAGGAUUACUUUUUGUUUUAAGUAUCAGAAAUCAAUUUGCGCUUUUCGCAAUUGCGAUGUGGUGUUAGUCCAGAAACGAGUCAAGCGUCUUUAGUUAAAAAUCUUAUCCUCGAGCUCUACUUCUCUUUGUUUUCUCCCAAUUGGGUUGCUUUUAACUUCCCAGAAGCACAAGUUUUCACUUUAUUCUCACCUUAUCAUCCCAAAUUGAUCGAUAUAUUGUUUUUAUUCUCUGUGUUGUUCAUUACUUUUCUCCGUGAAUGUUGGGACUUUUUUCGUUUCUACCAACUCCUUGCCAUAUUUACGUCCUCUCAAGAUGUUUUCUUUUGUCAUUAGAAGGUCCUAACUUUGACCCUAAUUGUAAAAAGGUUUGUAUGGACCUUGUUUAUACCCUGUUCAUCUUCUGACGGUUGUCCGCAAUUAAAUUUAGAAAACUUGUUCGCAGAAUAUCUCUUGAAUAAUUUCUUGGUAUAAUUUGAUUUACACGUUUUGCCAUUUGACAACAAUGGACUUAAUCAACUCCAUUAGACACAGAAAUGAGGAAAUUAUUGGCGGCUUAGAAACAGAAAAGAAGGCAAAUUUAGCGGGAAAAAAUGCCAGCUCAGUUCCUGCGCCCUUUCUGCAGAAAUCGUGUAACGGAUUAAUUGAUACUUAUGUUACAUUAAACAACGCGAACAGUUUACAUAGAUCUUGUAACGCUACCACUAGGGGUCUAUUCUCGGCUACAACGAACGUUUCAAUGACUAGUAAAACCUUAAUAGGUACUACUACUUUACCUAAUCAUUACACAGGUAGCGUUACAAAAUUGGGCUCUAAACAGAUCCCAAUUGAAAAAAAUCAAAGGAGUGUGAAUAGCUUAGCUAGCAAGAUGAUAGCUCCUUACGGAUUGUCAUUAUCCGCUAAUUUGAACCCUCCGCUGACCCCUCAAAUGGCAAGAAACUGUUCAUGUCUCUACACUUUGAAAGAAAACCUUUCAAACAAGUCCUUGAUCAAAAGCUGCAAUAACUGCAACAAUAACAGCUUCUCCUUGAUGGCGCCAAUUAGUAAGUCCAAAUGUGACUUGAGUUACUCUGAUUCGCACGAGUUUGGAGAAACUCAGUUUCCAACUUACUGCAGCAGAACCUCAAAUUAUGACACUUUUGUUCGAACGAGCAUUAGCCCCCACUCAUUAUUGAAGUCACCAUCUCUGACAACUCAGAGCUCAAUUCAAAACAUGCUUUCAUCAAACAGUACCAACCCCAGUUCUAGUGUCAAUUAUCAGAAACCAUUAGUCAUCGGAGACUUAGAAUCCAGUUCAACAGAUCAUACUUUGGCCCAAAAAGUGCGCCUUAUUUCUAUAAUCGCUGUGUCCGCAUUCUUGGGUUUAUUCGCUUGUUUUCUCACAAUUUACCUUGUAGUCGAGAGGUUAUGGUUUUGGCAAGGUGUAAGUGCAAGUACGAAUUCUGUUUACAGUAGUAACCAAAUCUAUCCUGAUCAUCAAGACACUUAUCACGACCCUUCUAAUAGUUACGAGUUUUUAGGGGAUUACCAGCCAAUAUUGGACGCACAUUCUGCCAAGCCAUUAAAUUUAAUUCACCCGAAAUUGAACAAAACUUCAAUGAAAGUGUUUUACGACUUCGUAAAUUAUCAGAUUAUCAUUAAAACUGAAGUUUCGAAUGAUUCUUUGUGUUAUUUGAAAGACCUGAUAUUACCACCGGAGCUUACGAAAAGCGGCAACAUUAACAGUAUUCUCCGAGAACUUUCUUCGGAGAGUUACGUCAAUUCAAUCCUGGAGAUAGAAACUGAAAUGCUUUACAAUCCGAAAGACCAACUGGAUUCAGAGUCUCACGGUGCUAAAACAACCGAAGUUUGUUCAAAGUCGAAGUUAUUUCAGUUGGUACCGAUGAAAGUUGACACUUAGUGUUUUUUUAUAUUGAAUCUAUAUAACAACACACCUACUCCCACAAAUUUUGGCGUUUUUUCAUCUUUCUAGUUUAAAAAUGCU